AUGCAAGCAGGUGAUGGAGUAAAGUGGCCCAAGAUUGAGACAAAGCGGAGGAGCGAGGAAGCAGUGGCACGAAGGACCAUCGCCGUCUUCGCCGGGGUGAAGGUCAAGGGUUUUGAGGCCAUCGUGGACACGGCAGCGGAGGAUGCAGUCAUUGGACAGAAGGCCUUUGACCUCCUUAGAACCGAGCUCGAGAAGUUCGGCUUAAGGCCUCAGGAGGUACCUCGAGAUGGACCGGAAAUUCCUUGUGCUGGUAUUGGAGGACAGGCCGCGCUGGCCAGCAUCCAGGACGUUCCAGUAUCCAUUGCCGGCAUCCACGUGCUGCUGAGGUUCCACGUCCUUAAGGAUGGCGAGUUCAACACACCACCUUUGCUUCCGAUCAGCUUCCUCGAGGCCAUCAAGGCGAACAUUGACCUGAGGGACGAGAUGUUAUCAACACCCGAAGGCCACAGGACACCCUUGGUACGGCAGCCAUCGGGACAUCGAACAGUCUCGAUCCUGGACUUCAGGGACGAACCCUGGGAGCUGCCGACUCAGUUUCGCCAAGAUGCUUAUGAUCCGUUCCAGAUGGUAUACACCUCUAGUGCUGGCAACAAGCUCUACUACAACCUCGCCAAAUACCGGAACUUCGAUCAUGGCAGCUACAACCACAUCGCUACACAAUGGCGGUGCAGCGGGAUGGUCAUGUCCAGCAUGUUCGAGACUUGUGGUCCUCGCAUCGAGUACUUACUGAUUGGCAUGGGCAGGGCGAUUCUGCCGACCGCGGCCCCAGAAAUCCACGGCAACUUCUACUUCGACCACAUCCAGAACGUCUACUUCACCUUCGAGGACUGGACCAUGGAGACGAUGGAAGCCUUCCUGACCGCUUUGGAAGUCCGGAACAAAGGUCAUCGUCGGAGCAUUAUGACUGGAGAGACCUCUCAGACCGCCAAGAACGCCUUCUAUGGAAUCUUUGGCCUACAUGCCCACGGUGCCUUUGUUGGAGUUUCCAAGAACACGGCCAGGUACCCUCAGCUCGUUACGUACCUCAACCGUUGGUUGGCUCAUCACUUUCCAGAGUUGACCUACACCACCCUGGGCAUUGGCUAUAACACCCGGGCCCCGAUGCACCGCGAUGUCAACAACUUAGGCCAAAGCGCGACCAUUGCCUUCGGCAACUAUGCUGGAGGAAAGCUCUGGCUGGAAGACUCGGAGCAGGAGCCGAUGGUAGCCGAGGAGGCGAAGAUGGAUCAAUCGCUCCCCGGCAAGAAGAUGGGCCCGCGCGAAGUGGAAGCAGCUUGGAAGAGAUUGGUGUGCCGAUUGAUGGUGAUGCUGGAAACAGCUCGUCAACAAAUGGUGGUGGACGAGUUCUUCGAAGCGACCGCGCUGGAGCACCAAUCACCACCGAUGACUCAGACCUCCAAGGCUGCGAUCCGACCCAAGAAGUCCAGUGCCGAUCCAAUACACCAAGGAAUCGGACGACCUCUACCACGUUCCAAGGUGCCGAGCGAAUUCGAUUUCGCAGUGGUGGACGUGCACUCAAUGCGGAAGUCGUUGGCAGAGGACAGAUCAGGUGGCGAGGUCUUCACAGCAAUUGCCGCCAACGACAGAGACCGAGAACAAGGUGCUGGGACCACGUGGCCAAGAGUACCCGAAGCUUCUUCCAGCACCUCGAAGUCGAUUGGGUCAAGGAGACAAAAUGGUGGAGCUGGAUCGCCAAGGGAGGCCCAUGGCGAUGGCGCCCCCGGUGGAAUACGAAACCGGUGGCACUGGAGCUACCUCUUCGAACCCCGAACGACAACGAGGAGAGCCGAGUACGACUACCCGAAGCCCGUCGAAGACGAGAUCCACGACUUCCGGACUUCGACCGACGCAGCCCCGAAAGAAGACCGGGGUCCCGAACCCUACCGAGACCUUCGAGAUCCACACCGACAGCGACACCUGGUCGGACGUGCAGAUGACACAAGCCUCACGACAAGCCCAACGAGGACAACGAAGAUCCUGAUGUCCGGAACCGAGCUCAUCGACAACCCUGAGAACAAGUUCCGUAAGCUUGGAGCCCAACUACAGUGUCGGGGAUGGAUCUUGAAAACGAUACUUCUUCUGAUUUCUUCUGCGCAGAUCCGCUGCCCAGAAGAGCUUCCAACGUUUCUGAGUUCCCCGUCUGCUACCUGGACAUGGCGGCCCGACUUGGAACUCUGGGAAUCCCCGGGACAGGAUCCAACUACCAAGGACACCAUCGAGUGCUAUGUGUUCGACAACAAGUACGCAAAGUUCAACUGGCUCUUGGACUAUGCCGGGGAGCCGAUCAAAGACGACCCCGGGGUGAAGUUCGUGGCGAUCAACAAGAAGCUUGCCAACCAUUUCAAGUCAACGGUGAGACCUACGAAUUACCUGACCAAACCUACAAGGACAACCACCACAGCGAGAAUGCCUUGGCAGUGCUUCGAGAUCAUCGCCCAGCAGUUCUGGUACUACGAGGCUAUGGACAAGACGGGAAGCAUGGCAGGCCGUGGCUUCAUCGUCGAACAACCUGGCGCACAAGCACGACAUCGACUUCAACGACUUCGAGAUGAUCCCAACGUUUUCGAGGUGGGUCUGGAUUUGGGUUCGGGGGAAUCAUCGACUACUUUGACCUUGCUUCUGACCAACAUGGAGCCCUUGGUCACCACCCUGAGCAAGCGUUUGGCUUCGGCAAAGCAAUCUCCAGGUUCGGAGCUAGAUCGUCGAGAACAACGGAUCUUUGCAGAAACUCUCCUUCAGGGCGUGCGACAACACUUACGACCACAAGCAAUCGUCAUCUACCGCUGCCCUGAUCAAUGGUCGGUCAAUGCCAUCAACCUGGCGUGCCGUCACUUUCACCCGAGAAGGACACCGGUGACCCCGUCAGCCUGUCACCAGCUGGACAUUUCCCAGCUUAGAUUCACAGGCCGCCGCGCGAUGAUCAAGCACUACGUGGGCGGCAUCUCCCAACUGGUCCAAGACCAUUGGCCUUCCUCUGAGACCGGCCAAAAGACCGACUUGGAAUUUUGGACAGGACUUACAGUUUUUGAGCUCGAGCAACAAACGCUGCUCCCGGAUGCCUAUUUCGACUUGGCUACCUGGGAUGCACGAGCCAACCGCGCAGAACGUCGCGAACGCCGUGUCCUCUUCCCUGACGAUGCCGACAUCGAAGAAAUCGACGGCGUCCCUUUUGCCGAGGAGAUCGAGAUGAAUCCCGACGCUCCCAACCUUUUGCCUUACAACUCUGCAGAACCUGAGACAACAAGAGAUGCGAUGGAAACGAUUGGAGCCGAUGAACGAGCAGUUCAUCGUGACCUUCGUGAACUCCAACUACCUCCACUACCCGAAGAAGCUUCAACAGCAUCUCCAGCAGAUCAGACGAAAAUGCCGCCGGCGGAUAUACGACGUGAGCUCUACCGUAUCCACCGCAACUUGGGACAUCCAAGCCAAGCAACGUUCUUGAGAGCGUUGAAAAACGCGGGUGUGAAAGCCGACUACCUCAAGUGGGUGAGAAAGGGGUUCGAGUGCCCAAUCUGCACUCAACAAAAGCGCCCCGUGGGCCACAGGCCGGCCCAUGUGGCUUCGCGAUCUAUGCCAUUUAAUGAAGUCAUCGGCCUGGACCUUUUCUUUCUCGACCGGAGGAUCUUCCGUAACAUGGUGUGCUGGGGGACAAAUUUUCAACUGGUCGAGAUGAUUGCCGACAAGUCGUCGUCUACGGUGGCCACAGUCUUUGCACAAUCUUGGUUGGCACAUUAUGGUGCACCAGCAAUGGUGGUCUGUGACCAGGGAACGGAGUUUACAGGCCAGGACUUCAUCAACCUUAUGUCGGACAAUGCCACCGUGGUCCACUUUACUGACACGGCUUCUCCCUGGCAGAAUUCGAGGACCGAGAAGGCAGGUGGCAUCUUCAAGUCCCGACUGGCUAAAGUAUGCCAAGAGACCGCGAUCACUACCGAACAGGACCUGAAGAUCGCUGUCGCUGAGACCGCCAUGAUGCACAACAAGCGCUACGACCGCAGCGGGUUUACCCCGCAUCAAAGGGUGUUCGGGUCCAGCAUACGCCUACCAGCUACCUUGCUGUCGGAUGAUCGUGCUGACCGGGAGAUGUUGGCUGGAGCCCAAACGGACUUCAUGGAAGGUUGGUCGGGGCCGGGGGUGGUCAUUCAGAUCAACGAGAAUGGCAGGAACUACAGGGACGUUCAAGGAGAAGGGCCUCCGGAUGACGACAUGCUGGACGAGGCAGAGUUCUCCAACUACUCACCCCUUGAAAUCCUCAACCACCUGAUGCACUACCAGCUCCAGAUCUCGCUCGGCCAGCUGGUGUUUCGGAUGUCGGAAGCACUACAAUCCAGUAUUCGCGUGGACGAGGGCACGGGUGGAGAGUUUCCGUUCGGUCCGGUUCGAGAGAACAGAACCUCCGGACCAUUGCCAUAUCCGAUGGUGGCUCAACUUCCUUCCUGGCCGGCACCACAACAACCCAUGAACUACCUGGAGGUGAAGGACCACUACCAGGAGGAGAAGAAGAUCAAGUGGUGGCACGACAAAGCCCGAAAUCGCUGGGAACCCGUGGCGAAAGACAAGACGACAUUCACUCACGACCAAGCCGAGGCUGUCUAUGACCACCGCGAGAAAAAGAUGUUCUUGACCAAGAAGAAAGAGAGCCCUGGACAUGUGGACUUCAAGAAGCUACCGGAACGCUUGAAGAAAGUUUUCCGAAAGUCUCGUGACAAGGAGAUCAACAGCCUCUUGUCCAGUGGCGCCAUCAAGAUCCUGAGCUUGAAGGAAUCCCAGGAGUUCGAGCGCCUACACCCUGACCACGUUCUCACGAGCCGAUACGUGGACAGGUGGAAGCCCGUUGAAGAAGGAGCGACCCUACCGGAGAACUUCGACGCCUACAACGUGACGGACGAGGCCACCAGCGAAGUGGCACCGAAAUCAAGGUGGACAGUGGUGGGAUGGAAGGACCCGGAGGUUCAUAGCAUUGAGCGCUCAGCUCCCACACCACUGUCAACCUCGAUAUACCUGGCUACGCAAGUGUCAGCAUGCAGGUCAUGGACGGGCUUCGUCCGUGACGUUAAGACAGCUUUUCUCCAGGGAUUGCCAACAACAAGAAAACAGAAAUUGGCGGUGCGAAUGCCACCUUGUGAACACUUCCCCGAGUACGACGCCCGACAGCUCAUACUCUUGCUCACCGAAGUGUACGGCCUAGUGUCAGGGCCCAGUUGGUGGCGUCGUUCGUUACUCAACGUGCUCAUCAAGGAACUGGGAUAUAAGUUGUGCCCUUUCGAUCGCUGCGUCCUGGUCCUCCAUGCAGACCCGUCGGAGAAGUUGGAAGACCAGGAGAAGACGCAGGGCAUCGUCGUGGUGGAGAUCGAUGACCUGCUAGAAGCAGGAUCCCCGAGGCACAGGGAAAAGAUGGCGCUGUUGGAGAAACGUUUCCGCUUUGGCAAGGUGACCAACUUGAUGGAGACCGAGGCAGGCUCGGGUUACGCGGGCCGACGCCUUCGACAACGCCAAGAUUACAGCUUCAUUUACAGCAUGAACGACUACGUCAGCAAUCGGCUCAGGUUUGUGGAAGUGUCCCGCCAUGUGACCAAAAAGGUUGCCCCUCAAACAUCCCUUCGAGACGAUGAAGAAAGCCAAUUGAGAGGAGUGAUUGCGGCCAUCAAUUGGACAGCUCGGGAGGGCAGGCCGGACGCAGCAGCAGCUGCUUCUAUCUUGGCAGGAUGCUUCCCGAAUCCGAAGAUGCAGGAUGUCUAUGCCGUGAACCAGGUCGUUCAGAACCUCAAGGACCGGAAAGUGGACUUGGUUAUCCAUGCGCUUGACGAGGACCAGGUUCGCCAUGUGGUGAUCUCCGACUCGGCCUUUGACCCGACGGGCCGUACUAAACCACAGCAUGGUUGGUUGCAGGGCACCACAAGUCCGGACCUGAACCAUGGACGUCAGGCUCCUAUAAGCCUGAUAGCCUGGAAAUCGCGCAGGAUGAAGCGGAAGGCGGGCAACACACUGCUCUGCGAGUCGAUUGCUAUGUCGACAGCCAUGGGAGCUCUUGAACGCCAGGUGGCUACCUGGAAAAGUCUCACAAUCUCCCAGUACAACCCCAAGGACGAUGGCGGCGAAGAAGAAGAGGACGACUCGAAGCUUACGGUCAUCGCCGCGGAGGAUCCAAACUACACGGAUCCGCGAGCUGUGGCUAUUGCAGAUGCGAAAAGCUUGUAUGAUGCUCUGCACUCGGAACAGUCGCAUGGCGACGACGACCGUUCGGCCCUUGAAAUCGCAAUUAUACAAGGGUCGUUGGAAAAGCUUCGUGGCCGUAUCCGUUGGGUACCGCAUAAUUUAACCCGGCGGAUGGGUUAA